AAGGACAAAGCUCAUUUAGGACUCAUUUGCAUGGGGCCCCAUGAGAUGCCCCUGGUACCUUUUUCAUAGGCUUUUUUGAGUUUGGGCAAGGACACAGGGGCCCCAUGUUCCCCUAUUGCCCGGGGGCCCCAUGAGUUGUCAGUCCGCCCCUGGUUGUGGCACAGCCCAGGGGCGGACUGACCAUUUGGAAACUCGGGCACUGCCCGAGGGCCCAGGGUCAGUAGGGGGCCCCAUGAGAUGCCCCUGGUACCUUUUUCAUAGGCUUUUUUGUGUUUGGGCAAGGACACAGGGGCCCAAUGAUCCCCUAUUGCCUGGGGGCCCCAUG